AGUCUGUGCUUUCCUUCUCGUCGAGCAGCGUGGGCUUAAGCUGUGUGUUUGGGAGCAGCAAGUAAUUCAUUCUGCCAGAAUAGCGACUUCUAGCAGGCUCAGAAUGGACUCCUCUAUGAGUGCAGCCCAAAUCCGUCAGAAGUUCAUUGACUUCUUCCGUCGCUAUGAGCACCACUACGUCCACUCUUCAUCCACCAUCCCACUGGAUGACCCCACGCUGCUCUUUGCCAAUGCUGGCAUGAACCAGUUCAAGCCCAUAUUCCUCAACACCAUCGAUCCGUCCCAUCCUAUGGCUAAGCUGCGACGUGCUGCCAACACCCAGAAGUGCAUCAGAGCAGGAGGCAAACACAAUGACCUGGACGACGUGGGGAAAGAUGUCUACCACCACACAUUCUUUGAGAUGCUGGGGUCCUGGUCCUUUGGGGACUAUUUCAAGCACCUGGCCUGCGAGAUGGCCUUGGAGCUGCUGACUAAGGAGUUUGGCAUUCCCAUCGAACGUCUGUAUGUGACCUAUUUUGGGGGCAGCACUGAAGCAGGCCUGGAGCCUGACCUGGAGUGCAGACAGAUUUGGAUAGAUCUAGGGAUGGAGGAGGCUCGUAUCCUUCCUGGCAGCAUGAAGGAUAACUUCUGGGAGAUGGGAGACACCGGCCCUUGCGGCCCCUGCAGUGAAAUCCACUACGACCGAAUUGGAGGCAGAGACGCCUCUCACCUGGUGAACAUGGACGAUCCAAACGUGCUGGAGAUCUGGAACCUGGUGUUCAUCCAGUUCAACAGAGAGUCAGAGACCUUGCUGAAGCCGCUGCCUAAGAAGAGCAUCGACACAGGGAUGGGUCUGGAGCGGCUGGUGUCUGUGCUGCAGAACAAGAUGUCAAACUAUGACACUGACCUCUUUGUCCCGUACUUUGAAGCCAUUCAAAAGGGAACAGGUGCUCGACCUUACACAGGUAAAGUGGGUGCUGAGGAUGCUGAUGGAAUUGACAUGGCAUACCGUGUGCUGGCUGACCACGCCCGCACCAUCACCAUUGCCCUAUCAGACGGUGGCCGGCCUGACAACACAGGAAGAGGGUAUGUGUUGAGGAGGAUCCUGCGUCGUGCUGUCCGUUAUUCCCAUGAGAAGCUGGGAGCUCAGAAAGGCUUUUUUGCCUCUCUGGUGGAUGUGGUGGUGGAUUCUCUGGGUGACGCAUUCCCAGAGUUGAAGAAAGACCCAGAAAUGGUGAAGGAAAUUAUUAAUGAGGAGGAGACGCAGUUCCUUAAAACGCUCAGUAGGGGGCGACGUAUCCUUGAUAGGAAAAUCAUCAGCCUGGGAGAAUGCAAGACCAUCCCAGGCGACACAGCCUGGCUGCUGUACGACACAUACGGCUUCCCUCCAGACCUGACAUCCCUCAUAGCAGAGGAGAAAGGCAUGGUGGUGGACUUUGCUGCUUUUGAAGAGGAGAAGAAGGCAGCACAGUUGAAAUCCCAGGGUAAGGGUGCUGGAGACGAGGACCACAUCAUGUUGGACAUCUAUGCCAUUGAAGAGCUGAGAAACAAGAAGAUUCCCGCCACAGAUGACUCUCCCAAAUACAGAUACACCUCUGACCAUAACGGGAACUACACAUUUGAGCAGGCCUCUGCCACAGUGCUGGCCCUCCGCCGUGACCGUGUCUUCUGUGAUGAGGUGACGACAGGUCAGCAGUGUGGCGUGCUGCUUGACCAGACGUCUUUCUAUGCCGAGCAGGGCGGACAGACAUUUGACGAGGGCUACAUGCUGCGAGAGGACGACAGCUCAGAGGAUAGGACAGAGUUCACAGUGAAGAACACGCAGGUCAGAGGAGGUUAUGUUCUCCAUGUGGGGACAGUUUACGGCACGCUGAAGGUUGGAGACCGUGUCAGCUUACGUGUGGAUGAGACUCGUCGUAGGCCCAUCAUGAGCAACCACACUGCCACACACAUCUUAAACUUCGCCCUGCGGGGGGUGUUGGGGGAGGCAGACCAGAGAGGCUCCCUGGUUGCUGCAGACCGCCUUCGCUUUGACUUCACAGCUAAAGGUGCUCUGAGCACGGGGGAGGUCCGACGGACUGAGGAGAUCGCUUGUGCCAUGAUAAGAGAUGCUAAGGGGGUGUAUGCCAUGGAGGCUCCACUCGCAGAAGCCAAAGCCAUCCAGGGUCUGCGUGCUGUGUUUGACGAGACCUACCCUGACCCCGUCAGAGUCGUGUCUAUUGGUAUCCCCGUUGAGGAGCUGCUGAAGGACCCCAACAGUGCUGCUGGUUCUCUGACCUCUAUCGAAUUUUGUGGUGGAACCCAUCUGCAGAACUCGGGUCACGCAGCACCGUUUGUUAUCGUCUCAGAGGAGGCCAUCGCUAAGGGCAUCCGCCGUAUUGUUGCUGUGACAGGAGCAGAGGCCCAGAAGGCCCAGAGAAAAGCCGAUUCCCUGCAACAGUCUCUGUCCUCCCUGGGAGGCAAGGUGAAGCAGCAGAAAGCGCCAAACAAGGACAUCCAGAAAGAGAUCGCAGACAUGACAGAGCUAAUAGGCACAGCAGUGAUCUCCCAGUGGAGAAAGGACGAGAUGAGGGAAACCUUGAAGGGCUUGAAGAAGACGAUGGACGACCUGGACCGCAGCUACAAGGCUGACAUCCAGAAAAGAGUCCUAGAAAAAACCAACGAGGUGAUCGCCAGUAGCCCUAACCAGCCGCUGCUCGUCAUGGUGAUGGAGAGCGGAGCCUCUGCCAAGGCUCUCAAUGAUUCACUCAAGCUGCUAAAGACUCAGUCCCCUCAGACCGCUGCAAUGCUCUUCACCAUUGACCCUGAGGCCGGCAAGAUCAUCUGCCUGUGUCAAGUCCCAGAGGAAGUCACCAAACGGGGUCUGAAGGCCAACGAGUGGGUCCAGGAGAUUUGCCCCCUGAUGGAUGGAAAAGGAGGCGGCAAAGAGAUGUCAGCCCAGGCCACGGGAAAGAACACACAGUGCCUGCAGGAUGCAUUGGAGAUAGCCAACGAGUUUGCACGGCUCAAACUGGGAGAAAAUUGAGAUGAGAGGAGGCGGGGUUUAGAGAUAUGUGAUGGCGCCUCCUGAGUCAGAAUUCCUCCUUUUCCUCUCCUCUUUUCUUCUCUCUUUGGAUUAGAAGAUCGGAUAAAUCUCCUAAAAGGAUUCAAACUCCUAAAAGAAGACCUCUGACACUCAGCCAGCACUUAAUGAGCCACAUGUUUUCUACUCGGACUAUUAUUAGAAACUUCCAACUGUCACUUUGUCCCUUUGAAAAUUGCUCACUUAUAUACGAAAACCCUCGUAUGAAGUUAAGCCUAAAGAUAGAAGCUAAGAUAUAAAUCUCCUCCCUGUCAUUAUUUCAUGUUUGAAAAUAAAAGGGGAGGAACUUUUGAUGGGUAGAGCCUCCUGUAAGUACCACACAGCUCAGGUGAUGUGACUGAAGCUAUACUCUUGUGUCAAACUUGUGUCUCGAUCGUGAUCGCUGGUUAACCGUCAUCCUGUCUCUGUGUUUGUGUCUCAGUUCUCUGUAGCCUUGUUUAUUAAAUAAAUCCUCUGAAGCACUUUGUCUUCAAAGUGCUUCAGGUUACUUUUUGUCUUCCUCUGCCACUGGAGAUCAGCCUGGCUUAAAAAGUGAGGCACGGUUUCAUCUCUAAUAUAUAAUUUAGAAGCAGCUUACGCUGGUGUUCUGCAGUGGCUCUGCACCUCGGUUCUUUCUGAUUUGUACAAACAGUAGCUGUAUCCUUUUUUCAAAUAAGCCAUUUUCUGACAUGUUUCUGUUCAUUAAUAAUUCAUUAACAGUAUAAAUGAUCAUGAGUUUGUCCCAUAAUAAAUCUGUCUAACUUCAUUCUGCUGACAUUUGAUAUGGAUCGAAUCCAGAAUGUUGAAAAUGUCCAUCAUUGUAGCUGUCAGAGAAAUGUCACGUUAUGAGACUGGAAUAAAUACGACUGGUAAAUGCCA